GAAGUGCUGAGGGCCCGUCCUCUGCCAUUUGAUCACAAGGCUGGCCAUCAACUGCUACCAAAGAUACUCCCCUGGGGUUACCAUCUCAGUUAUCUAAGCUAGUUGAAAGGAGAUCUCAAAGUCAUUAUCCAUAAUGGAAGAUGAUUCCACCUUCAUGGAUGUCAUUGAGGAGGAAUUUAAUAAUAAAGCAGUGCACGGUAAUCCAGAGAGGCAUGUUGAUGAAAUAGAUUGUAUGGAGGCCAAAAGGAAGCGAUGUUAAGCAGGAAUGGUUUCUCUCACAAUUGCGACGACUUUUCCAUUCCUCUGCAUUCGCCAUGCAAAAUUUCCAAUUCCCCAGGCACUCCAGUUUUGUUCUCUCGGAGAAAAGGUGGGAGAAGGCUGAACGUUGUAAUGUCUUUGGAUUCUGAAGAUGAUGGUAAUGAGACAGGGAAACUCAAGGAGAAGCAUAAUCAAGGCUUAGAUUUGCACUUUGGUGACAAGUGCAAAUCAAUUGAUAUAUCAUAUGUGCCAGAAUCAACAGUUGUACCUGAGGCGGAAGUUGGCGAUGGAACAGAGAUGUUAUCUAUGACAGUGUUUGCUGAUCAAGAUGCUGCUAGUUUUGAAGAAGUUUCGAUGAACCUUGAGUUAAAACAAAAUCCAUUUUCAGUUGAAGCUGACAAUCUUGAAAAAUCUGUACCCAUCUUCAGCACAUAUUCAGAUAUCUUAACCUCUGAUGUAAUAGUAGCAACAUCAUGUGAAGAGGAUUUGGAAGAUUCAUUGAAUGAACAUGAAGAGGAUGUUACAAGAGAAUAUCAAUCAAUGGACGAGUAUAGUCGCAUGGAUUUCAAGAAAAUACCCAAGCCCUCAGUAAAACGUAGGUCCAGUGUGGUGACUUCUUCAGUGGAGGAGUCAUGGGAUAGAAUUCAUAACCGCCAAAUAGAGUUAACUCAUUGCAUUGCCUCAGAGCAUACAGAUGCUCAUCAAAUUACGAAACUUGCUGAUCGUAUGACCAAUAUAAUUUCAGAAGCGGAUCUUCUGCUUUCCAAAUGCCUAUCACUUGAUUUAUUAGAAAUGUCGAGUAUAAUCCUUCCUGAGACCUCAGAUGCUUUCAGCUGGUGUGAUGAGCAGUCGCAAAUGACAUCGACAAUUUUGCAACAUGGAUUUUGUUAUCAUGUUAAACAAAAUGCCGCUGUAGCGAUGACCAUGGUCUCUGAGAGCAGGGAAAAUAUUGCAUUGGAGGCGCCUCCCACAACAAAUACCUUAGAUAACUUAAUCCAACAGCCAACUGAAACUGAAAGGAUUACAGAGGAUGGCCUGCGAGAAAUUGAUGAGUUAAACAGUAACAAGAAGUCAUGUUUCCUUGAUAUCAUUCAGUCAAUAGUUCCUUCAAGGUUUUAUCUUGCCUUGAAACACGAGGCCUUCCAUGAUUAUCUUUCUUCUUUGGGCCACAUUCCAAGAUCAGAAGUUUAUCAUCUAUCGGAAAGCAAUGCCAAGACAAAAAGACGAAGGACCCGAGGUGCUCGACAUUAUCUGAGUACUGGUGCACUUAUGCUUUCUGCAGAAGAAAUCUCGCUGCUUGGCGAAUAUAAAUUCUGUGGGAAGAUUUCAGCCCAGUUCACAGAUACUGAUAUCAGAUAAAGCUGUAGGCCGCCCUUUAAUUAAAGAUAGAGAAGACUAACAGGGAAUUGCUAUAGAGGAACCGCUUCAAAUCUCAAACCAAACACAAAGCUUCCAUGGUGGUUGCUUCAUUUGUUCAGAGACUCAUUGCAAUGCUUACAUGCAAAAAGAUGGUGUCAUGGAUUCAAAGCUGGGUUUCCUUGGUAUCAAGCUAAUAUUAUUGAUGGUUGCUUCAAUUGUUUCUCUCAAUACCAUUGGCGCGCAAGCAAUUCCUUUAAUGAUCGACUAGGUUCCUUUUUCCUUGACCUAAUUCUUGAAGUGCUUCUAACCCCAUUGCCUCAUUGUAAAGCUCAUAGCAGUUUUUGGUAUGUAUAUGGUAUAGGAAUCCAGAUCGUAUUCUUUAAGUUGUAUAUAUUGUAACUAAAUGGCUUUACUGGCUGUUCAAUAAGCUUCACUUUAGCCGGAUAGUAGUUGAAAUCUCUUCAUGUUGUAAAGAGUUAAUAGAAAUCCUAAAUCUGCUUUCCUUGU